AGAAAAAUAAAGAUGGCUGGAUUGUGUUCAAGUCAAUAACCUAAGCGGUCGAGGAAAAAAAAAAACCCACCACCACCACAACAACAACAACAUACAUACAUACACACAAAAACUUGCAUACAAUUUUGGUUCGUCUUUAAGACAGAACUCGAUGUGCAUUGCGACUCACUGUCAGGCGAUCAGUUUCCUGAGCCGCACACAAGGGUUGCCAGGUGGCACGUAGACAUUUCUGUUGUAAAUAAGACAUGUUAAGAGACUGGGACAUUUCUGAGAAUCUACUGUAGCGGAGAGAUCAUUGUUACGACAUUUCCUCUCGUUGCAGUGCCAGCCAGCUUCGUCGUACUGUGUGUAGUGGAGCGCUCCCACUCAUGUCUUCUUUGGAGGAGCGCAACGAGGUCGGGCUCCCUGCGGCCGCAGCCCCGGGGUCCUCGGCUGCAGGCCUCGGGGUCGGAGCGUCAGGGCCUGGAAUGGAGCCGCCGGUCGGAGGCUCGGGGCUGCAGCCUGGGCAGGAAGAGCCCGUUUUGCGCAGAGAGGUCCCCGGCCAAGACGCCGACCCCGAAGUGCACCCGAAGAAGCGAGUGAGGCUGCAAGAGGGUGAGGCUGGCAAAUUGGAGGAGAGACUCUACUCCGUGCUGUGCUGCACCGUGUGUCUGGACCUACCCAAGGCGUCUGUGUACCAGUGUACAAAUGGGCAUCUAAUGUGUGCAGGAUGUUUCAUCCAUCUGCUGGCAGACGCUCGAUUGAAGGAGGAACAGGCCACCUGUCCAAACUGUCGCUGUGAGAUCAGCAAGAGCCUGUGCUGCCGUAACCUGGCAGUGGAGAAAGCAGUGAGCGAGUUGCCUUGUGAAUGUGGCUUCUGUUUAAAACAGUUCCCUCGCAGCAUACUUGAAAGACAUCAGAAAGAGGAGUGUCAGGACAGGGUAACACAAUGCAAGUACAAACGGAUUGGCUGCCCUUGGCAGGGACCUUUUCAUGAGCUGACUGUUCACGAGGCAGAGUGCAGCCACCCCACAAAGACUGGCAAUGAGCUGAUGGGCAUUUUGGAUGAGAUGGACCAGUCACACCGCAAAGAAAUGCAGCUCUACAAUGGUAUCUUCAGUCUGCUUUGCUUCGAGAAAAUCGGCUUUACAGAGGUUCAGUUCAGGCCUUAUCGCACAGAUGACUUUAUUACUCGCCUAUAUUAUGAAACCCCACGCUUCACAGUGCUGAACCAAACCUGGGUCCUGAAGGCUCGUGUAAAUGACUCGGAGCGUAACCCCAACCUGUCCUGCAAGCGCACUUUGUCUUUCCAGCUGAUUCUCAAAAGCAAGGUGAAUUCUGCUCUGGAGUGCUCUUACCUCCUCCUCAAAGGGCCCUACGACGACGUCAGGAUCAAUCCGGUCAUCUAUCAUUAUGUCUUCAGCAAUGAUGCCAAUGAAACUGACUACAUGCCGUUACCAAUCAUUGACUCUGUUGAGUGUAACAAACUGCUAGCUGCCAAGAACAUCAAUCUGAGGCUGUUCAUUUUCCAGAUACAAAAAUAAAGUGAAGUGCAUAGGAACUGUGGGGUCCUCGAAAGCCCUGUCAGACUUGGGUCAACUUGAGUCUCUUGGUUUUCCAAGUUCAGACAGCAAGUCAGGCAGCCUUAGAAAGCACCAUUGAACCAUAGAUACCUCUACCGAGACUAAGAAAAAGAAGUGAAUGAGACUGACGGCUGACACACCACAGCAAGCUUGUACGCAUGUGAGCACGAGAGUAGUGUCAUUCGGAAUGAGAUGGUCUGUCAGUUUAACUUGUUUUUGUUUGGUUUGUUCUUUUAUUUUUCCUUAUGAUGUCAUUUUUAGUACUUACAGGAGCCACCUUAACUGUUACAGCAGUCGAACUCUGAAGCAAAGUAACACUCGGGCUUUUCCCCCUGCCUCAUGUUCAGCACUUGACACAGUAGCUCAGAAACAAAGAACCAAAAUGUGUAUUGGAUUGACCUUUCUCUUAGGUUUCUUAAUGGUUUUAACUAACUUGUGAAAAUUCUGUCUAGCUUAGCCUGCCGUUCUCAAGUUUAAGUUUGUUUCAUUAAAGUUCUAUUUAAUGAAUGGUUUGGGAUCUCCCACUUGCGUGUGGCUCCAAUGUAUUUCAUCAAAUGGUUCCCGAUCGUAUCAGAGGAAGUCCUCUUCUUGCUAAAUGGCGCCUGAUGUGUAGAAGUCGUUUCUUUUUUUUGCACUUGUUUGUAUCAUUGGCAUUCACAGAUUGUAGCCAAGCACAGCUGACUCUACAGGGUUUUCUUUCCGUGUGGAACAUGGAUGGCAAACUCAGAUCCUGGAGGGCCACAGUGGAUGCAGGGUGUUGUUCCAGCCAGUUUAUUAAGCAGUUAUCAAUGCUCCUGCAACAUUCUUAAGUCAUAAUUUGAAUUAAGUUGCUUUUUAAGAUUCACUUCUCUUGUUUAUUCUUUAACCAGCAGUCAAAAAAAACAUGAGAUGCAAAAUGAGCCAACAGGUGACCACCUAGGGCUUACUCCAUACUAUAGCUCCGGUACAUUUGAAAACUUUUACAUCCACACAAGUGUUUUCAGAUUAUUUUCUCAAGGUGUGUCUUAGACCAAAAUGCCUAAAUCUUUCGAAUUGUGUGUGUGUGGUUUGCCAGCCGAGGGUGAUGAUUGAUUGUUUAUGGAGCCAGCAUGAAGGCAUCAGGAAAGCAGAGGGCAGCUGAACAAGAAAGAAAAUGAGCCAGACGAUGUACAACUGCGUUAUCACUUUUAAUACAAGCCCGUCUAAUCCAAAGCUAUGGAAAAUAUGGGCUUGGAUUCCAGCCAGUACAUUCAAGCACUUCAUGGUGCAGUGUCAGCCCGCGAACGUAGACAGGUUUCAAAGGGCGCUAUCGCAGCAUGAAAUCUGUGUCUAAUCAGGAGACAAUUACAUGCCGGCAUUUUUUAGAAAGUUUAGUUUUUCUCCAUUCUCGCAGGUAGGCAGGAUCCUGGUUUUCACAUUUAAACGCAUUGGAGAGAAUUUUACAAAAACAUUAGUGGUUAAAAAACUUGUUUCAAUAUGGAUGGGAAGCAAGAAUGAAUUUAAAAAAAAAAAAA